UUGCCGAAUGAUAAUCAGCUCAGCUGUUUCUCUUAUCAAAGUAAACAAUUAGUCAUACUCAAUCAAGGCGAAAUUAAUACGCCGAAGAAAAGUGUUUAAUUUGAUUAAAUAAAGACAUUCAAAAUGACCACCUCAAGCAAAGGCGACGUACAGCAUUCUGAAGACCAAAUGAUAGAGGCUUUCAAACAGUCUAUGGCACCCGGAGCUUCAGAAUUUGCUUUAUCCAUGGCAAAGUUACUUUACAAGCAGAGCGUUGGAAAAAAUGUGGUAUUUUCACCGAUUAACAUUUACUCGGCUUUGGCUUUGGUGCUCUUAGGAGCUGAUGGGGGAACAUUUGACGAGAUAGUUGCACUGAUGGGACUUCCACGAGGAAAAAAAGACGAAGAAAUUACUCAAGUUCACAAAAUUCUCGGUGAAGUACUAGAAGCCGUAGAAAACACGUCCGAUUUCAUCGCUUACACGGAAGAAGGUGAAAAAAACCUCAAAUCCAUUAUUAAUGUAACAAAUGGAGUAUUCGUACAAGAAAAAAUCAGCCUCGUUCAAUCGUAUGUGACUCAAGUCCAAUCGUUCUACAAAAGCGAAAUUUCCAAUGUGGAUUUUUGUAAUAAUUCGGCUAAAGCUACCGAGACCAUAAACGAAUUCAUCUCGAAAAGUACCCAGCAAAGAAUACCCCGAUUAUUCGAACAACCAAUAGAUAGUGCCACGUGCAUCGUUCUGGCAUCUUGCGUCUACUUCAAAGCAACUUGGAACAACCAAUUCUCAAAACAUUCAACCAGCGAUGAAAACUUCUACACCGGAUCAGAAAACGUGCUCGUCAAAAUGAUGCAUUUUGAAAAAGAAGUACCAUACAUCGAUUUGCCUAAUUUACACCUCGAAGCAGUCUGUUUGGAUUACAAAGGCAACGACGUAUCCAUGAUCGUAAUCCUUCCAAAACCUGAAAAAACAUUAAACGAUGUCGUUUCAUCUUUACGAGUCGAUGAUUUACAAUUGAUCGCCGAUCAAUCAACAUCCACAAAUAUUGAUUUAAAAUUACCUCGAAUGAAAUUCAGUUGGAAAUCGAGUAUAAACGACUACCUCGUCCAACUAGGUUUGGAAAAAGCCUUCAGCAAUCAGUGUCAAUUGACCAAUAUGGUAUCUGGAAUCCCGGUGAAUAUAUCCAGGGUUACCCAUGCAGCAGAAAUCGAAGUUGAUGAAGAUGGAACCGAGGCGAGUGCGGCGACUGUGAUCGAGAUUAUGUUGUGCUGCUAUAUUGAACCUGUAACACCGAAACCGUUUCACGUUAAUCGACCAUUUCUUUUCUACAUUUAUCAUCAAAAAACUAGAAGUAUAUUAUUUUUUGGAACUGUUCAUAAUCCGCAGGAGGUAUAAGAAGUGAUUAGAGAGUAAAGUAGGACAAAAAAGAAUCAGUUACCCACAGUCCUUGUAAAAGGAGACCUUCGGUUACCGAAAUGAAGUGAAUUUUGACUAUAUCUUAUUAUAAUGAGCUUUUUUUUACGAAUGAAUUUAUCCUCCUCUACCUCCCCUCGAACGAAAAAACUGAUGUUAUUGAAGUCCAUAGACCUUCUAAUGAUUUUAUUUCAAAAUUGAAAAAACAUGACGAAUUUUUUUUCAAUUUUUUGAGAAAAGAAAGGCCUAAGUGCAGUUGAAAAGGUGUAGGUACCUAUUGAACAAUUUCAAUUUCUUUCAACAACUCCUGAAGAAGUGAUUUUUUUUAUUAUAACUUAUAACUUCAAUGUUUUAAACCCCUCUUUCAAAUACCACCUACUCACUCACCCCUUCCAUAAUUAUUUUAUUACGCUUAUCAUCUUAUAUUGCUGUGCAAUUAUGCAUUUAUUUUUUUACUAAUGCUUCAUUACCAAACUAAGAUGUAAGUUUUAUCUUCUCAGAAUUAAUAUACGCAUGCCUAGCAAAUAAUUGAA